AUGGCUGCCGCCACAAACAUUCUUAGUGGACUGCUCAUCGUAGCGACGGCCGCCUCGUGCAUCCCUCAAUAUCACCGCCUGCUCACAUUGGGUCCAUCCACCGGUCUUUCGGUCGCCAGCGUCCUCAUUGCGACGCUGGUGGCCCAAGUCCAAGCAGCUAACAUGUACUAUCUCUUCAAGGCGUCACCGCUCAUGGAAUCCGGUGCCCCAGUUGCUACACCACACUCUGCCCGUGACUGGCUCAACCUCUUCCAGAUCCUCGUCCAGUGGAUUUGCUCGCUCUUUCUCUUGGCGCUGGUCAUAUAUCUACCCACAUCAACCCCUCCCCGUGUCCUGUCUAAAAAGGUAGCAGUAGGGCUUUGGAUCUUGCACGUGCUCUUGUUCGUCAUCUCCAUCCCCGCGGGCGGUCGUGCGCAAGAUCUGGUCUUCACUGUCAUCAUCAACAUCAACGCAACCAUCAUCAAUCCUUUCUUCAGCCUCCUGGCGGCUGUCGCCUUUUUCUUUCAGGCUCGUGUCGUCCCCCCUGCGGGUCAACCGAACGCAUUGAGCAAGUGGACGCUUGGUUUUCAGUGUUUCACAUUUCUACUUCUUGCCAUCUCAUGGCCGUUCAGAUUGAUUCUUCCUGAUAAUAUGUGGAAGAACGGACCACAGCCGGCCCUGUAUCUAGGCUGGUACCCUUGGGUGGGAUGGGCCACUGUCAACAAUGCUAUCCUGGCGACUGGGCAGGGUAUAAUGCUGCUCCUCUACAUCAGGAGAGCGGGAUUGGAUAGUAGCAUUAGCGUUAUUGAUGAGCACCGGCCUUUGCUCGGCUCAGACGAUCUCUAG